AUGGACGAGAUGUUUGUCACCACCGCUUAUAAGAACGGCGGUCCCGACCAGAGGACAGCCCACCCCACCUGUGGACAGACACAUAGGAUUACCUCCGACUCCAAGGUGUUCGCCGACCCAAACCCUAAGGCUGGACAGCACCGGGAGGCGUGUUUUUAUUGGAAUAAUAAAACGUUAACAACAAAGUUUAACCCUAAUCCGUUGAGCACCGUGAUGUCGACGACAGCUAAUAACACAAGCAAUGAUGAGUUCCCUGCAAAUAAUUCAACACUAGUUUCCACACUAAACCCACUGAUAGACGAUAAUAGCACUGAACACUCACAUCCCGGUGCUGUUCGCGAUGACAUACACUCCACCAAACCGACCAUAACUACACUCAUAAGCAAUGAGUUCCCGAUAUUAAGCCCGACUCCCAGUCCUCGCAACGUAACGCUAUUACUCGAGUCACAUACCCGUCCCACACCGCGUCCCCGACCCACACCACUGCCAGCACUUAGUACAUCCACAGCCUUAGUGGACAGGCGUACGAAAAACACCACAACAACAACUACCACUACUACUACCACCACCACCACCACUACCACCACUCCUACUAGUACUUCAAAUACAAACACAACGCUGCCUGAGCUCCCGGAGCUGACCGGCAAGCGUAAGGCCUACCCGAAUCGGGUGCGCCGGGUGGACGUGGAGGUGCACCAGACAAAUAUGCUGGAGGAUGAGGUGGUAAAGGCCCGGCAGGUGCUCAACCAUACUCUGAGCCACGAUUACGGCAGUCGUAAGACCGCCAGAGUGUUGAAGGCAGAGCUGGAUGAGGCGUUUAAGGACCAGAAAUACCGGUUCUCAGUGAUCAUCGGCCAAAAUGUCACUCAGUUGCUGUGUAAGCGCCUGUACGGCAUCUGGAUGUCUAUAUCGGCCAAUAAUAAGCACUACCUAUUGGUCGCCAGUUUUAAGGCAAAUAAGGCUAAGAAGUUGUCGGAGGGACAGAUGGACCGCAUCGAGGACUGGACGUCAGUGUAUUUUAUUACCUAUGAGAAUGUGACCACAAAGCACCGAAAUGACAAAGUGGCCAAAAUGCUCAAGGAGAAACUGGACCUCAACUACGGCAAGGGGAACAACACGUGGGCAGUGGUGGCC